AAAACCCAGAUCAAAAGAGAAAUAAUUAAUACGAAGGCAGAAGGAAGGAAGUGUCGCGCAAAAACAGCCAAAAUAUUGCAAAACUUUCCCAAUAAUUUUCUACUCUUUUUCGAGCAAAAUCCGUAUUUGAAAGUGUUGAAAAAUUACGUGCAAAUCGAGUGUUAGCAUCUGCCAAGGGGGAAAGUGCACACUGAGGUGGAAUCUUUACGUUCGCGUUCUGUUUACAGCUGAGUUCAAGUAAGCACAAACUUCGGGACAAUGGCGUCGGUUCAGGGCGCGACUUCGGCAGCGAUUGCGGAAUCCAUUGCGGCCAUCAACAGCGGCCCGGCCCUGGAAGGCGACGAACGGUACUGUUGGGUUUGUUUUGCGACCGACGAGGAAGAUAAAUGGGCCCCGUGGGUUCAGCCGUGCAAUUGCCGGGGAGCGACCAAGUGGGUCCACCAGAGUUGCCUCCAGCGCUGGGUCGACGAGAAGCAGAAGGGGAACACAUUCAAACGGGUCAGCUGUCCGCAGUGCCAGAGCGAGUACAUCAUAAUCCUGCCCUCGAUGGGAGCGUUGGCCAAUGUCCUGGAGGGAAUCGAUACGUUGAUCAAGCGGAUUAGCCCCUUCCUGACGGCGGGGGUCAUCGUGGGAUCGGUUUACUGGACGGCAGUUACGUACGGAGCGGUUACGGUCCUUCAAACGGUCGGAUACGAAGAGGGCCUGGCUCUGAUGGAAAGGGCGGAACCGAUUGUCCUGCUGAUUGGGCUGCCCAUGGUUCCGGUCGGGUUGAUUCUGGGCCGCAUGAUACGCUGGGAGGAGUUCAUACUGCGGUUCCUGCAGACCAAAUCGUUCAGCGUGCGGAAGUUCCCCAUGCUGAGCUUGCUGUUGCCGAUUUCAAACAUGGACUACGACCCGCUUUACGGCAGAAGUCCCCUCUCCGGCGAUGCCAAUGGAGGCACUCCCCCGGCAGCAAACCCACUGCCGCCGGGAACGGUCGUAACGUCCGAUCCGCUGUCCGCCACCCGGGUGCUCUGCGGUGCCCUUCUGCUUCCCACCGUUUCCUCCAUCGUGGGCCGAGUCUUCUUCGACUCCAUUCGGAACAACUUCCAACGGGUACUGGUCGGAGGGUUUGCCUUCGUUGUGGUCAAAGGUGUCCUGAAAAUCUACUUCAAGCAGAAGCAGUUCAACCGGAAAAAGCUGCGUCGCAUCCUGGACUACACGGAGGAGAACAAACAAAAGUACGGCAUCGGGCAUGUCCCGGAGGGAGACGUGUUUCAUUUUUAGACGGGUUUUUCUUCAUCUUCAAUGGUCGGUUUUCAAUUUAGGAUAUCACUUUUAUAUUCUGUCGUUGCAACCGCCGAGAUACGAUACUUUAGAAAAGGGGUUCAAUUUCCAACGCCUAGAAUACUGAAAGGAAUGACUAGAUAAAGAAUGUUAACUAUGUCAAAAUACUUAUACUAUAAUGCUGUUUCUGUAAAUAAAUAUUUUUUUUAUCUUUGGAAAUAA